AUGUAUUUGCUGAACCAGCUGUUCUCUCUCUCUCUUUCUCCUUCAUAUUCUCUUAUCAUUGAGACCCUUUGUCCCUUCCCAAGAUCUCAUUGCAUUUCCCUCCUUUACAGGGGAGAUAGUGCAAGCGUAAUCUCCAAGUUCUCAUCUUUUUGUUCCCUUUUGCCCAGAGACACACAUAGGCCCAGAAGAACUUGCAAGCUAUUUGACUCAGAUCUGUCUCUUUGGUUUCACUUCAGCCAGAAGCUGAUUCCUGUGAGGAAUGCAAAGAAAAUGGGAAGGAAGGGAAGUUGGUUUUCUACUGUGAAGAAAGCUCUAAGCCCUGACUCAAAGGAGAGGAACGAUCAGAAAACAAGUAGACCAAAGAAGAAAUGGUUUGGGAAGCAAAAAUUGCAGACUUCAUCAUCACAAUCCGAAACUGAUAAAGCACCUCCUCUUCCUCCACCGGAGAUUAUUUUACCUCACACUGAGGUUGAAACCAGUCAUGAUCGCGUCGAAGUUGCAACAACAGUGGUUGCUGAGGAACCUGUUCCCGCUGUUCAGACAGCACCUGCUGAGGUUCAAGCCACUACAAUUGUCCAGUUUCACAGUAAACCAACAGAAAAAGUGGCGGCAAUAAGGAUUCAGAAAGCUUUUCGGGGAUACUUGGCAAGAAGGGCAUUGCGGGCUUUAAGGGGACUGGUGAGGUUGAGAUCCCUCAUGGAAGGGCCAGUGGUGAAACGUCAAGCCAUUAGUACCCUCCGUUCUAUGCAGACUUUUGCUCAUUUGCAAACUCAGAUUCGUUCUAGGAGGCUCAGGAUGUUGGAGGAGAAUCAAGCUCUACAGAAACAGCUCUUACAGAAACAUGCAAAAGAUCUGGAGAGCAUGAGGCUUGGGGAGGAAUGGGAUGACAGCGUACAAUCAAAAGAACAGGUUGAAGCCAAGUUACUGAGCAAGUUUGAAGCUGCUAUGAGAAGAGAAAGAGCAAUGGCUUAUUCAUUCUCUCAUCAGCAAAACUGGAAGAAUUCAUCAAGAUCCAUAAAUCCAAUGUUCAUGGAUCCAACCAAUCCAACCUGGGGUUGGAGUUGGUUGGAACGGUGGAUGGCAGCCCGGCCCUUGGAGAGCCAUAGCCUGACGGAGAAAGAGAAGAAUGACAAUAAAUCAAUAAGAAGUUCUGGCCGUGGCAUUACCAGUGCUGAAAUCAGCAAAUCAUUUGCUAAAUUUCAGCUCAAUUCUGAGAAGCAUUCUCCAACAGCCAGCCAAAAUCCAGGCUCGCCUAAUUUUGAGUCACAUUCUCAGCAAUCCCAUUCAAAUCCUCCCAAGUCAGCUUCUCCAGCAGUUUCCAAGAAGCUGAAGAAAAUGAGUCCAAAGGACAUCUUGGCCAUAGACGAUGACACCAAAAGCCUGAUGAGUGUGCAGUCAGAGCGGCCAAGGAGGCACUCCAUUGCUGGAUCAACAGUGGGAGAUGAUGAAAGCCUUGCAAGCUCCCCAGCAAUUCCAAGUUACAUGGUGCCAACUAAAUCUGCCAAAGCUAAGUCCAGAAUGCAAAGUCCACUAGCUGCAGAAAAUGUGACCCCAGAUAAAGGGUCCUCUGCUGGGACUGCAAAGAAACGUCUUAGUUUCCCAGCUUCACCUGCUAGACCAAGAAGGCAUUCAGGUCCACCAAAGGUAGAAAGCAGCUUCAAUGCUGAAAUCACUGUGGGAAAUGGUGUGGCUGGUUGA